CAGCUGACUUUUCCUAUCCUCACUCCCGUAGCUUUCCUCUUCCUCCCACCCCGAUCCCUUCCUCUUUCCCCAACGCUGCUCUCCUGUUCUGCUCUACUCAAGCUCCAAUCCUCUCCUACAGUCCACCACCACCGUGCUCUAUAUCCCCCAUCGUGCCGUAGCUUCCCUUCACCGCCGCGCCUCACCCACCCAACUCCUCCACCUCUCACGCUCAUCUCGACUCCAUCGCCGUUCCCCUUCUACUCCCGUCGCGUCCCUGCCGUCUCCACCCCGUCCGCGGUCUCGGGCAUCGUUUCUUUCGUGGAGUUGGCUAACGGGAGGAGGGAGAUGAGCCGUGGGAAGUCUCCGGAGCCGCUUGAUUUCUUCAUAUGGACUGUCGAGGAUGUCGGCUUGUGGCUUGAAGAGAUAAAUCUUGGUGGCUACAGACAAGUUUUUGAAGAAAAUAGUGUCAAUGGAGAGUAUCUAGAGAGCUUGUCGAUGUUUACUACCGAGCAGAUUCUGCGGUUUAUCAGGCGGUGCCAUAUGAAAUGGGGAGACUUUAUCACAUUGUGCAAAGAGUUGAGGCGCAUUAAAGUUGCCUGCCUGAAAGGGGAGCAAGAAGUCCGGAGGCCAUGGUGGGCACCAUCGUGCCUAUCCGUGGUGUUUGUGAGGGCGGCAAAGCGGAACCGACAGUCCCGAGUUGUCUCCCUGAAGCUGGAACCUUGAUGCUCGCUGGCCGUGCCGGAACACCGCGCCGAGCUAUCCCCCAGAUUAUCUGCCUUACGGGCACUACAACCGCGCUAUCCCCACAAUGUAGGAGCAGUAUGCUCCGUGUCCAACCCGUCUCUCUACCCUUGUUUUGUAUUCCUUUUUCAUCUUAUAAUAUAGGUUUGUGGAAUAGUAAGUAACCCGAUGUUACCUGAAGUGGAUAAGUAUAUGUGCAGAUGGUUCCUGUAUAAGAUCUGCUUCUUGCAUAUCAGCUUGAGUUGUUCUUGGCUCAAGCAUGGUCUAGAGCAGUAGGUCUUCAUGGCACUGAAAUCGAUGAUGUUCUUAUUUUGUUAAUGCUGACCAGAACAUCAAUAUGAUAUGGUUGUGGCAUGAAA